GGUGGAAAAUUAAAUUUGACGUUGGCAACAUUUUGACGUCCUUUUUCGUGUGAAGUUGUUAGAGACACGUGCGUUUCGUACGCAAAAAUCUCAAAAAUAAGCUAAAAUGAGUGAAGGAACGGCAACAAUUCGUACCCGUAAAUUCAUGACCAACAGGUUGUUGGCCAGGAAGCAAAUGGUCUGCGAUGUCCUCCAUCCGGGCAAGCCCACCGUCAGCAAGACGGAGAUCAGGGAAAAGCUCGCCAAAAUGUACAAGGUGACACCUGAUGUAGUCUUCGUGUUCGGUUUCAAAACCAACUUCGGAGGCGGCAAAUCCACAGGCUUCGCUCUCAUCUACGACACCCUAGACCUGGCCAAGAAAUUCGAGCCCAAGCACAGGUUAGCUCGCCACGGUCUAUAUGAAAAGAAGAGGCCGACCCGCAAACAGCGCAAGGAACGCAAGAACAGGAUGAAGAAGGUACGUGGUACCAAGAAAUCGAAGGUCGGUGCCGCCGCCAAGAAGUGAUGUGACGGUUAAUUGUAAGUAAAUAAAAACUAUAAAAUCCA